UUAUCUUGGCAGAGAGAAGGAGUGCGAUGGAAACUGACUCCCUCGUGAAACAUUUUCAUGCGGCAGAACACCAAUAGCGAGGUAUUUAAGUCGGUGGGGGGAAAAAGCGCAACACCUUUUAGCUUCUUGGAAGAAAGUGCCGUUGUGUCAACCAUCGCUUGGCUCCCGGGCACGCUUUGUACAGCAAGCAACUUGGACAGCUGCGUGUUUUCAAGCAAGCCAUCAACAAAGAAUGAAAGCAUUCAAACGAGCUCUGGAAGAAGAGCACCGCCCGGAGCAGGAGCACUCCUCGGCUGUGUCGGAUAGUGAUGACGGCUCCCCACUCGACCUGUCAGGAAGGGGGCUCUUUGGGAAGCGCCGUCGCCGCGGCAACCUGCCCAAGGAGGCGGUGCAGAUUCUGCGGAGCUGGCUGUACGAGCACCGCUUCAACGCCUACCCCUCAGAGCAGGAGAAACUCAGUCUGUCAGGCCAGACCAACCUCUCUGUGCUGCAGAUAUGUAACUGGUUCAUCAACGCACGUCGCCGCCUCCUACCUGACCUGCUUCGCAAGGACGGCAAAGAUCCCACCAAGUUCACCAUCUCCCGCAAAGUUGGGGGUAAAAGUGACGGCCACUCAUCUAAUGGAGGCGGAGCCAGCUCUCCAGAAAGCAACUCUUCCAACGGCUCUUCCAACGGCUCUUCUCAACAGCGGCCAUCUGUCAUCCGCUCGGCCCCGACACUGGACCUCAGUCUCCUUGGGAACACAGCGACCGCUAUUCUGACAGGAGCGGGCUACCCCGGUAAGGAAGGGUCAGUCCAGGCGCUGAUGAGGCUGGACACGCAAAGUCUGCUGAGGGAAGCAGAGGAACAGGGGGCUAACAUGGUUUGUCUCACCAGCACAACAACGGCAGCUAGCCCCACCAGCGGCCUCUUCAACACGCCUCCCCCGACUCCUCCCGAGCUGUUCCCCACCCAGGACUUCAGCGACUUGAGGCUCCUGGUGGAUGCAGCUCUGCAGAGGGCAGCCGAGCAGGAGAACCUGAAGAGGCUCCAAGAGAGCCAGAACCAACCUACAGACGCCGUCAAGACUGAACGAGUGGAGGCACAGUGCAGUGCUUACAGCAGCAACACGGGACCCACGCCGCCUCCAGAGGACAGCCAACAAGUCAUGGAUCCUUCCAGGGUGCAGAGUCUGAUGGAGAAGGCUAUGGCUGUUCCAGUGUCAGCAGUCGCUUCAGUAAAGGCUGCAGUGCCUCUGUCUUUAGCAGCCUCUGUACCAGCUCCAGCCCCGAGGCUGUCUCCUCUCCCCAUGAAUAAAGUCAUCUGGAGCCCCCUGGAGAAGGACACUGCCAGAGCCUCGAGCCCAAACCAGCCUCAGCUCCUCCCAGCCCGUCUGCCAACCGUAGUGCCAGUCUCUGCCUCAGUUUUAGGACAGCCGAAUUCUCAGAAACCAGCUGCUGCUUGCACCAUCACCCCAUCAUCAGCCUCGAGCUCAGUCCCAGCUCCACUGCCCACCGCAUGUCCUACAAGUGCACCUGUAGCAGCUCCAAGGCCCGUCUCCGUGCCGUCACCAGUGCUUCUCCCAGCCACAAGUCCCACCUGUGUCACCGCUCCAAGCCAGGCUUCACCUCGCACUGUAGCGCUUGUUCCAGCUGCUCCUUCUCAAGCCAUCACCUCUUUCACAGACCCCAGAGGAGUCCCACUUUACCUGCCGUUCCACAAAGCCCCCAUAAUCCCAGUCACAGUUCCAUGUCCAUCACCAGUCUCAGCUGCCUUGUCUCCAAUCCCUGCUUCUUCCCAAACUCCCCUCCCUGCUUCAGCCCCAACAUCCUCCUCUACAACGAUUACGCCUCUUCUCGGCCUGGCUUCACACCGCGCUGCGCCUCUGCAGCCUUCCACCUCCUCCACCAGCAGCAGCAGUAUUAGCAGUAGUGCACAAAGGAAUUCAGCAGUGGUGCCCAGUGUUUGGAGCAUGGUCCAUGCUGAUACCAGGCAACCCAGUUCUCUCCAAGUGGUAAAGACCCCCAUCACCACAGUGUGGGGCCCGCAGCACAGCCUGCAUACAGUAAGUGAAACUGUUAACUAGGAGCUGGAAGGUUUUUUUUUUUUUUUUAUAUGUAUAUCUGGAGAGAAAAGAGGCCAAACAUUCCUGUUGGCUGGACAACACUGUAUAUAGGAGAAUGUAUCUUCAUCAACAGUCGAUGCCUGUGCCUGCAGAGAUCAGCAGUAUGAACUGGGACAAAGUGAAGCAACGAGCAUGCGCUGUGUCAUAGACUUGCUGUUUCAAGCAACUUUUUAUCAGUUAGAAAUAGGCUGCUCUCGAUGGAGGCACCUGCUGGUAAGAACACUUUGAUGUCAUUCCUCGCAGAGUAAAUGUAUUGUACAAAGUUUUUGAUGCCAUUUUCAACUCUUUUUUUCCACGUGACAGUUUCUGAAUGAGGAGGUUCUAUCCCUUAAUUGUACAAAAUGUCAGUUGGUGUCAUUUUCAGGACCAGCAGUUAGCCUCUUCAGUAGCAGUACUGGACUUUGUUGAAUGUACAAAAGACAUUGAGGACUUUUUUUUUUUCCACACACCACAACAACAUUUUGUCCUCUAUAGUAGUUCAUAUGUAAGAAUUUGGUCUGUUCUUUACUCCACCACUUCCCUCUCUUUCCUUGGAGAUGAGCAGAAAGGAAAUUGAUUGUACUGCAGCGAGUCUGACCGAAUGACUCGCCUCCAUCACCCCCUCUCCCCACCCCCUUCUUCCUGUCUUCCUGUCUUUUUAUAGCUGAGGGGAUUCAUUGGCCCUCAUGAAUUGUCAUCUCAACCACUCAACACAUGGCUCUCAAGUAACACGUGUUUCUUUGUUUGCCAUUUCCAAUCUAUAAAAGUAUUUUCAGUUUUUUGCCAAAAGCAGCUGUGUACGUUACUUUAUUAUGAUCAGUUGUGUACGAUUUUCAGGGAUUGUUGUCGUGGGGGGGGGGGGGGGGGCUUUGGAUAUAGGAUGAAGGAGAUAAGGGUCACAUUGGAUCUGUUACAGAAAUCAAUUUCAGUGGAGAGGUGAGCAGCUUGGUGAUCUGAUGACAUCAAGCUCUCGCAGCUCCUGGACUGAAACAUUACACUUGCUGUGAGACUUGGCGCCUUUUAUCUUUUUGUGGUGCAGAACACUUUAAACAUCGGAUCCUCUCAUUAGGGGGGUAGGUAAAUUAUCCAGAUUUUCCUGUCGAUUUGGGGCCUUAUGACUUGGAAAAUGUAUUACCAACCAGAAUGUCUUACUAGUGGAAAGAUUAGUUGAUGUACAUAGUGUCAAAGCAAAUGUAGCACAUGAACCGAAAUAGCCGGGAUUUUAUUUUUCUUCCCCCAGGAUAAAACGGCAUAAAAAAUCUAUUUUUUUCCCCCCUCAUCUUUCCACCUGUGUUUAGAAAUGGUUUGCAUAGAGUUUCUAAUCAUUCACAAAGCUGUAGUUUCCAUGAAACUGUCGUAGCAUUAACCACAAUAUAUGGCUGACUGCCAUCCGGGCAUCUAUUAACAGUAGCGUUGUGUGGGAAAGUUCCUAUGUGAAUAAUACUAUAGCAGGAUUGUGCAUCAAAUCUUCAGUACUGUCAUGUUUACCAGUGUCAUUGAGCUGUGUUUAGUUCAAACGGUUACAUUUUGCAGGUGCAAGGAGAGUCUGAUCACUAGAAAAACAUUCUUGCGCGUGCCGGAUAUUCGCUAUCCUCUUGUAUUUCGACUUUUGUUUAGUUUGUCUCUCCUCACUGCCAGUAGAGCUCUGUGGAUGUCGGUGGAGGACUUUUAGGAUUGUUUUGUUACAGGUACUCACUAGACUGAUGUGCAUUUAUACCUCAAUUUCCACAGGUCAUGUCAGGCUUGGGUCAUAUGUAGAAUACUAAGUAUUAAAGUAAUAUUUUUAUUGUUCAUACUACAUCAUGCCACUGUGACAACACCUUUUUAUCGGUUGAGAUAC